ACUCCUGGGGCUGGCAGUCGCAUUCCCUCAGGCUACCCAGACGCCACCCUCUGUCCUUGCUCCUCGCCUCCUGACUCCUUUCCCAACACUGGUGCUUCCUGAGGGUGCUGCGGUGCUUCCCUGGUGUUGUGUUGAUCACGGCGUGCUAGUGUGCGGCUCCGCCAGUGCCAACGUGGCCCAGAGGAAAAGAAACGACGAAAAGUGCACAGGACAACGUGUGAGAUCCUCAAGGUUAAGGACAAAGCAACGAGCCGAUCAGCGUGUGAAGAUAAACUGCGAUUCGUGACUGAACAAUGCUUUAUUCCGAGGCGUUUUGAGGCAGCGAGUGAUGCUGUGAGGCGACCACCGGACACACUCCCCAGCAGCCAAGCCCCUGAUACACAGUGUCUUCUCGCCGUGCCCUUCACCUGACAAUUCACUCCAGCAUGGCCAUGUCACCCCUCAACGUGGGGAGCCCCUCGGAGGCCCUCAAGCGCAAGUCACCAGAUGACACAGAAGGGGUGGUGCUGUCCCUACGCAAGAACCACGUGACGAGCCCUCCGUCCCUCACCUCCUCCAACAACACCCAGGUCUUCUCAGUCAUCGAUGGCCAGAUCAUGCAGGACGACGUGUGUGACGACGUGGUGGACGAUGUGGUGGACGACGUGGCUGACGACCCUGAUGACGAGGAACGUGUGGGCGGGCACCCGUCGAGCCUGGGACCAAUCACGAGCAUCGGGGGCGUGGGUGGCACCGCCUCCUUCGCUUCCACGCCCAGAAUACACACGCCCACCACCGACUUCCAGCCACCGUACUUCCCCCCUCCUUACCUGGGCACAGAGAACCAGAUGACGACACACCAUCCGGCAGCAGACCCCUACCAGCUGCACUCCCUCCCCGCCAACUACACCACCUACACCUCGGCGACGCUGCAGAACCGACAUGAGGUACCAAGGAGGGAAGAUCCGCUUCAUGUCAGCGGACAGGUGGGCCUCUACGACAGGAGCUACGCCGGGGUGGACAGAGCCGGCGCCGUGCUCAUGGGCGCCGCCAGACACGAAGACAUCAUUCUCAGCAACACUAUCCACCCACACGCCAUUGAAGAGCCGGUGCAGGCCAAACGGGCGAUUGCUAGUCAACAGUUUGCAGAGCGUGGCCUGUUUCUGGAAGGAGUGCUAGAAUCUGACACGAGUUUCACCGGAGAUAUCUUCAAACACGACGGCUUUGCUGGCCUGAAGAGCGAGAAGAGCAUGGGUGUGUCAGGAGUGCUGUCUGGAAACGACGUGUUCUGCUCAGUGCCGGGCCGCCUGUCCCUCCUGUCCUCCACUUCCAAGUACAAGGUCACGGUGGCGGAGGUGCAGCGCCGCCUCUCCCCUCCCGAGUGCCUCAACGCCUCCCUCCUCGGUGGUGUGCUGCGUAGAGCCAAGAGCAAGAACGGAGGGCGGAUCCUGCGUGACAAACUAGAGAAGAUCGGACUAAACCUUCCGGCGGGACGGAGAAAGGCCGCCAAUGUCACGCUGCUUACGUCCCUGGUGGAAGGCGAGGCCAUCCACCUGGCGCGGGACUUCGGCUACGUGUGCGAGACCGAGUUCCCAGCGCGCCAGAUCGCCGAGUACCUCUGCCGCCAGCACUCAGACCCCGCCGAGCAGUACAGACGCAAGGACCUCAUUCUUGCCACGAAACAAAUCACCAAAGAGCUGAUGGACCUUCUGAAUCAGGACCGAUCGCCUCUGUGCAACACGCGGCCGCAGAUCAUCCUGGAGCCUUCCAUCCAACGACACCUCACCCACUUCUCCCUCAUCACCCACGGCUUCGGCUCCCCCGCUAUCGUCGCAGCCCUCACAGCCAUCCAGAACUUCUUGACGGAGUCGCUGAAGCAUCUCGAGAAGUCCUUCCCUUCCUCUAAUUCCCACCUCACCGUCACGCCCUCCAUAGACCUCAAGAACAAGGAAAUGGAGAAGAAAUAACGGCGUGGCCCACCGUCUUUCUCCCUCCCGCCCCCCGCACCCGCACCCGGACGGCCAGCCCCCCUGGGCCGCCGCGAGGGAGCGCCGCGCCCUCACCCCUGUGAGGAUGACGCCCGCGCGGUCUUCAAUGCCUCACUUCAGUGUCCGAGACUCAUAUCAUAUGGAGACCCCGGGCAGGCGGCGGCUCCUGGACCAGCUUUCUCCAGCCCGGCCUGACGCUGCUCCCCUUCUGUACAUAGACCCUUGGAUAGGCCCCUAAGGUUACUGCAUGGCCGCCGCGCCGUGCCCUGAUGGCAGACAAGUGCAAUAGCGCACGGGAAUUAGCGCAGAAUACUCGGCUUUGUGGGAACGAAACGUAACGAAAGAGACAAUAGAAGUGAUUUCUGGGAAAUUUAUUUAAAUAUCCUCACCUCUUCUAAGAGGCUUAAUGAAUCUCACAAUCAGUAGAACAUUUUAAGUGUAGUUUGCUAAGGUUUGUACAAAUGCCAUAUUGCCAUAUUUUGAUCUUUAAGGAUAUAAAAGCUCCUUAUCCACAGCUUAGUUUGCGAUCACCAAGACGCGUCACGCAAAGAUAGAUUUGGAUACAAAGCGAGGCAGUGUUGACCUUCUCAUGUGCCACUCAUGGUAACCACCAGGAAAGAUCAAUGAUAUUGUGAUGAUCUACCAUUUAACAGUAUUGUCUACGUACGGAAUACGUUGUUUUGUAUCUAGCGAGUAGCCAAACUUUGUACGUUAUAGUAGUGUUAUGGCGGAGGCCCCGCGCCGGUCGCCGCCACCCAAACAUAUCUGCCAAAACCAUGUACCAAGUGCAAUCUCUUGGCGAUGUGAUGUAUCGAUUAGACAGCCCGGCGGGCGCCCGGGCACCGCUGCGGUGACGGGGCGAGGGCGCCCCCAGCCCUCACAGUUGUAAUAUUUAGCCACCAGCAGGUGUCCGGGCCGACCCGCCUCUUGUACAGUGUAGAAAGGACCUACAAACUUUAUCUCUCUCUGGACGGGAUUCUCUCACCUAACCUCCUGGCUGGGAGUAGCGUAGUGUUAAUCUUACCUAGGUGAUAGGAGCCACCCUCUCACUCAGGCGCCAAGUGUCAGGCGUCCUCCAGGCAUGACAGAAACAAAACAAUAUUGCAUACCACAAUUUCCCACUUGCAAUUUGAACAUAUCUUACUGUUAGUCUCUCUACUCUCUCCUCGUCACGUUCUCCUCCCUCGUCUUCAUUAAUCUUGCAAGUCUUUCUUUCACUACGUUUUGCAUAUCAACUUCUUCUAUAACCUUCCUAUUCUACUGUCCCUCUACCUACUCACUCGCCUCUCACUGUCUACCCCCUGUCUCCCCCUGUCUCUCCGCUCAGUCGUUGCCUUUCGUUGUCCCAUCAUUGUGAUCCUCGUAGUGUGCGAUCUCUCUAAAGUGAUCUGUACCUUCCCACAAGUACAAUCAAGGGCGUGAUUACCUUGCUCGCCUCUAUUUAUAUAAGCUGCUUCAGUAUAUGUACUUCUCUCUCUCUCUCUCUCUCUCUCUCUCUCUCUCUCUCUCUCUCUCUCUCUCUCUCUCUCUCUCUCUCUCUCUCUCUCUCUCUCAUUCAGCAUAUCACUGCUUGGUAUCAGAAUUUUUUUUUUAUCUCGCUAGUCUUGCAUUCACACUUCGUGUUUCCUCGGUAAGUGUAUGACAAUUCCUCUCUCUCUCUCUCUCUCUCUCUCUCUCUCUCUCUCUCUCUCUCUCUCUCUCUCUCUCUCUCUCUCUGCUCCUCCUCCUCACGUCCCAGGAGGCGCCAGCAGCCCUCCCUGUGAUCCUGCAGGACUUCAGUGGUCGUAUUACUCAUCUCCUCAAGACUAUCAAACUACUAUUUUUCUAUCAUUAUUAUUUUAUUAUUGUGAACAUAAUGAGCAAUGUGAUGUAUGUGAUUAGUUGGUCUGAUGUGCGAUAAACAUGAUGUGACAAUGGGUGUGAAGAAGCUGGGAUGUGCGCACCGGCCCUUUCAUUUUUUUUUUUUUUUAAGCUUCGGGAGGUUUAUAUAUAUUUUUUUUUCGUAUUUAACCAAGGGUAGGGGGCGACGCUCCCCUCCGAGGCUUUCCCACCGGCGCGCGCAUCCCACCGCCCCCUUUGGACUUUGUUGUGAGGGACCCGCGCCAAGUUUUCGGCUCGGGUCCUGAUGUCUUGUUGAUUUUUCUCUCUUAUUUUUGAUACCUUUUGCUUGUAAGACUCCGAUUCUCAGUAAAGACAGCAGGGGCGGUGUUUGAGACGCAGCCGCCCCCACUCCUGUGCCCUCGUCUCUGCCUCACUCUGGUACUGAUUCUCUCGUCUCGUUCUCACUUCCUUACAUGACACUCACUCCACACUCACUCAUCACCCUUAUACCUAACACUCACAAAUCACUAGUUCACCACUCUUAUACUCAAUUCACACUCAUUUCCUCACCGCCACGUUCUAAUCCCGAACACCUUACUCCCCCAUCGCAACUUUACUCAUCCAGCAUCCUUCCCCCACGGCUACAACACCCACACUCCACUAACUUUUCCUUUACCCCCUCCCUCCUUCCCCAGCAUCCUUUCACGUCUAAUCUCUGCCUCCUCCUGAAACUCUCGCCAUUAUCUGAAAACUUCAUCAUAGUUAAGUCUACCUUCCUUUCAUUUGUUUUCUUGCUUUCACUCAAACUCCACUCCAUCCACUCCCCUCACUGCUCACCUCAUGCCAUUUGUUUAAUAUUCUUUUAUUUUGUCUCUCUUCCCUGUCACCGCUACACGCCACCUAAGUACUGUGGCCACGUGACUCUUUGGUUCAAUACUCGACUCGCGGUCUGAAGGUUGCGAGUUCAAUUCUCGCUCUCUCUCUCUCUCUCUCUCCUUCUCUCCUUGUAUUUUACUGUGGCGGUUUAACUCAUUCAUUCAUCACGUCCCCUUAUUCAUUCUGUCCUGUAAUUCACCUCUACUACACCCACUGUAAUAUUCAUACACUGAUACACCACACUGCACGACACUACUCCACAUACCACACCACUCCACACACCACACCACUCCACACACCACACCACUCCACACACCACACCACUCUACACACCACACCACUCCACACCCCCACACUGCCCCCUUGCCCUUCCAAAUCUCUGCAAUUAAGGCGUUGCUCAGACACCUUUAUUUUCUGCAAAGGAAAGACUCUUUUUUGUUGCCCAAUUCCAAUGUAAUGUUAUAUUAUUAAAUAAGGUAUUUUAUACUGUGUUUCCCCGCCACUUGGACGGGCGUGGUUGUUUUUUGUGUGUUCCUCCAUAAUGGAAGGUACCAACGUGUUGUAUAGUUUAUCUGUCAACUUGAAAUAAUUUUAAUGCUAAAGGAUGCCAUAUGUAGAUUAAUAAUAAAAAUCUUAACAAGACUCA